UGAGAAAUUGAAAGCUCGAGGGCACAAGGAACCAUGUUGGAAUUCUACCCUCCGCUACCAGGUAGCUUGAACCGGCAGGGUGAGUCGGGUCCACCGACUAUGGGAUCUGCUGCACCCCCGAUUCCAUUUCGUCCUGCAAAUGACAAUAACAAUGCAGAGCCGUCGGUAUCAGUGAAGACGGAAUCAGGCCUCUUGGAGACGAUUUGUGCUGGUUGCGGUCGCACCAUAGUCGACAAGUAUGUGAUGCAAGUAGCUGGAAGAAACUAUCACGAAGAAUGUCUGUCAUGCGCCGCGUGUGCAACACCUUUAAUUCAUUCUUGUUUCAUCCGCGAAUUAAAACUCUAUUGUCGGACCGACUACGAGCGGAUCUUUGGAGUCAAGUGUGCACGAUGCAUGGAGAAGAUCAGCUGCUCGGAUUUCGUGUUAAGGACACCGGGUUCGGUAUUUCACGUGGAGUGUUUUGCGUGUUGCAUGUGCGGCCAGCCAUUGCCCCCUGGCGCACAUUUCCUACGUCAGGGACAACCGAUCUGCCGAAGGGACUAUGAGCAUGAGUUGUACCUGAACAGUCCUCAAGACGAUGACUUAUUGGACGAUAAUAGACCCCGUGAUGGUCGUCGGGGGCCCAAACGACCACGGACGAUUCUCACAUCAGCGCAGAGACGUCAGUUUAAAGCGUCGUUUGAAGUAUCGCCGAAACCUUGUCGAAAAGUUCGCGAAGCUUUAGCGAAAGAUACAGGUCUCAGUGUACGUGUGGUGCAAGUAUGGUUUCAAAACCAACGGGCAAAAAUGAAAAAGUUACAAAGGAAAGCGAAGACUGAGCCUGGAUCGGAUAAAGAACCAAAGGAGGAACGUCGGACAGAAAGUCCUCAUAGUGAUCACAGUCAUUACUUGAACGCCAUGAACAUGCGUGAUGGGGAAUCUUCUAGCUUCCCCUCAGCCACUCAACCGCUCAACCCCAAUAACCCGUACUCGCCCGACGACGCGUAUCCAGGCCAUUCAGGUGAGAGUUUUUGCAGCAGUGAUUUGUCGUUAGACGGCACGGAAGCUGGCUUCGACAUAGGUGAGAACGAAAGUGGUGGUGGCCAAGAGGGUGGUCAUCAAAGUAGCAGCCACUCCCACCAUGGACCGACGUCUCACGAGGCACCCUCCUUGUCUCAGAGUUUGCACGCUGCGAUUCAUAAUCCAAUCGACAAACUGUUUAUGAUGCAGAGUAGUUAUUUUAGUGGUGACCAUGCGUAAUCUUUGAGAGAAAAGAGGGAAACACAAGAAAAUGCGAAAUAAGAGAAAAAAAAAGGGAAAGAAAAAAAGAAAAUAAUGUUCUCCUCUUUUUCUUGUGACUGGUUCACCUAACCCCAUCGGCGUAGCUGGUCCCUGCGCAUAAUCGAUGUGUCAUUAAUUGCAACACUUCCUGUCUUUUGGUUUGUAAUUCAAAAUGCAUGAAAAAGACUGUACAACAUUCUUUUUUGAUUUAUUUUUCUUAGAUUUUAAAAUAGAUAGAUAUAUUUAGUUAUUUAUUAUAAGUUUUUAAAGAAAAAUUAAAUCAAUACAAAUAUAAUUUAUAAUGAACUAAUAUUUAUUUUUUUAUCUAGUCAACUAUUAGUUUAGUUUAGUUUAAAAAAAAGUUUAGUUAUUAGAAUAUUUUAUUGCUUAAAUUUUUUUUUCUUUUUAUUUUCUGUUUAAUUUAUUUCUAUUUAUCUAGUCAGAUAAAUUUUGAUUUAUCAAGACAUUUUAAUUCUUAUUUUUUCUUGAUUCUGUGAUAUGUAUUUAUUUGCUUGAUUUGUUAUUUUGAUAUAUUAUCAAAUUUUUAAUUUUUAUUUCUUAAUUUUUGUUGGAUUCUAAUUUUAUGAUUCCAUAAAUUUCUGAAAAACUUUUUGAAUUUUUAAGAUCCAGAAUUUUGUCCUUUUUAAAAUCGAAUUUAAAAAAUUUCCAUUUAUUUUGAGAUAGUAUUCUUAAAUUUGUAUCAUUAACUUAUUUUAUUAUCAUAUCAAUUUUAUUUUACCAUACGUAAUUUAUUUAUCGAUAAGAAAAAAAUGUUGUACAAUAGAUUUUCAUCAGUAUUGCUACACGAUUAUCAUUUUCAAUGCUAUGUCAUUUAAUUAAAAUGAUUCUCGUGAUAUUAAAACGAGAGGCAAAAACAUGCAAGCCUAAGAUGUAUCAUUGUUUAGAUUUAAUAUUAAACGAUGAUGAUGUACUCGGUUUCUACAUAUAAAAUGC